CUGUAUUUUCCGACGUUUGAGGAUCGGCAAUUUAUAUUUAUAUGAUCAUACGUUAAGUUUGAUAGCAGUAAAUAGGUAAUUUGUGGAAGUGGUUUAAUAAAAAUGGUUCAAACAGUCGUAAUAAAAAGGUAUAACCAGAAACGGAUUCAGAUUAUCAUAACAUGUAUCGUAAUCUCAGUUUUACUACUUCUUGGAACCAUAACCGCUAUAAUGAUAUUUCAUCCAAGAUUUAGAACAAACAAAGGAGUCGUUGUGUCCAACGUGAAAGAGUGUGCUGCGGUAGGAACUUCCAUUUUAGGAAAAGGAGGAAAUGCUGUUGACAGUGCAAUAGCUACCCUACUCUGUGAAACUAUUUCAAAACCAGAUCUAAGCAAAACAGGAGGGGAUUUCGUAAUGACCGUUUUUAAUCAAAGCACGGGCGAGGUGUUUGUGUUAAAUGCAAGAGAACCUCCUCAAAAUUCAACAACCGAAUCUUUCGAAAAAUACUAUGGAAUUUCAGAUAAAUUGGUAGUUCCUGUAGAAAUUCGUGCAUAUUGGACAGCUUACAAAAGAUUCGGCGGAGGUGUCUCCUGGAAAGAAAUCAUUGAUCCCACUAUAGAUUUGUGCACAUCUGGUAUAGAAAUAUCUCUACAUACAGCUAAAAUUAUUAAGCAAUAUAAAGAACUCAUUUAUAAUGAUCCAGUUUUAAGGGAAACUUUUAUUAAUACAAAAACUAAUGAUACAUACAUCCAAGGGCAAGUCUUCACAAGGCCAAAAGUAGCAGAAAUGUUAAAAAUAAUAAGUGAAAAAGAUAUUGAUGCUCUAUUUAACAGUACUUAUUCCAAUGGAUUAAAUAUUCAUGAGAAUGGCCUAUUUUAUACCGACGAUAAGGAUAAUUAUGAAUAUAUUUGGCAAAAACCGAUCGCUGUAGAACUUGGAGAUGGUAAAAAACUAAUAACGGCACCACUUCCUUCUGCCGCUGCUGCCGUUGCACUUUCCCUAAAAUUCAUAGACAGCUUCCGAAAUAUUACAAGCUUAAAUUUGACCAGCAGUGAAACUACCUCAAUUUUUCAGUCGGCAUACCAGUUAUUAUUUUACAACUAUAUUCAAUCUAAUAAUGUCACAGAGGUUCUACAAAAUGUUUUAAGUUUAGACCCCAGCAAUUUUACUAAAAAUUUCAUAGCAAAUGUCCAAAAUUCCAAAGUUCCAAAGUUUUCUUCGAUUGAAGCUUUCAGUAUUUUACCAGAUGAUUAUGCUGCUGCCCAUGUAAACGUGCUUUCAGUAAAUGGGGAUGCUGUGUCUGUGACUAGUACAGAUAAUUACGAAAAAUUGACAAAACUGUCGGGUAUUCAAGAUUUAUCUAAAACAACAGGUUUCAUACGAAAUAGAUUUUCUACUAGCGAUUUGGAUAACAAUACAAUGAUCGGAUUCUCCUCGUUUUCUAAAAAUGACCGUCUGUCGGAGAAAUAUAUAUCCGUUGCGUGUCCCAUAAUAAUACUAGAUAAAAAUAAAACCGUCCUUUUGGUUACUGGAGGUAUUGGAGACAAUACAUUAUUAUCCAAUAUACUGCAGGUGCUUAGCAACUUUUUCUGGGGUAAUAUGGAUAUAGAAUCAGCAAUUUUAACUAAAAAAGCAUAUAGCCCACUUGUCAACUCAAAUAAUUAUAAAGAGGACAUGCUAAGUGAUAAUCUUAAAAACGAAACCCUUGACAUGAAUGAGAAGAUGUUUCUUUUGAGGAUGGUGAGUUUUCAGCAGUUUCUGCGAUAUUCAAUUCCAAGGUUAAUGGCGUUACAAGAGUGUAUGAUAAAACAAUUGGAGGUUCGGUUUCCUAUGUAACCUGAAAACCUUUUUCUCAUCAGUCUGGGACGUAUCUAUAUUAUUGUGUAUAUAAAAAAGUAUUGAAAUAGCCAAAAGAAAGAUUGAAAUGUGUAUUUAUAUA